GCCGAACUGCUGCCGUGGAGCCGACUUAACCGUCAGGUCACGUCCAGAAGCGGGUGGCUGAAGCCAUAUUUUAUAGAAUUAAUGGAAAUUCAACAAAACAUCACAAACCAAGAAGUUUGGAAAAUGAAACCUAGGAGAAAUCUAGAAGACGACGAUUAUUUGAAUAAGGCCUCAGGAGAGACCAGCAUGCUGAAAGGACCUGUGCUUUUGCAAAAGUUUCAGCACAAACAGGAACUCUUCCCAGAGUGGCGCUUGCCGAUUAAAAUUGCCGCUAUUGUAUCAUCUCUGACUUUUCUUUACACUUUCCUGAGGGAAGUAAUUCACCCUUUUGUAACUUCCCAUCAACAGUAUUUUUAUAAAAUUCCAAUCCUGGUCAUCAACAAAGUCUUGCCAAUGGUUUCUAUCACCCUCUUGGCGCUGGUGUAUUUGCCAGGUGUGAUAGCAGCAGUUGUACAGCUCCGUAAUGGAACCAAGUAUAAGAAAUUUCCACAUUGGCUGGACAGGUGGAUGGUAACAAGAAAGCAAUUUGGGCUUCUCAGUUUCUUUUUUGCUGUACUGCAUGCAAUUUAUAGUUUAUCCUAUCCAAUGAGGAGAUCCUACAGAUACAAGUUGCUAAAUUGGGCAUAUCAACAGGUCCAACAAAAUAAAGAAGAUGCCUGGAUUGAGCAUGAUGUUUGGAGAAUGGAAAUUUACGUGUCUCUGGGAAUUGUGACACUUGCAAUACUGGCACUCUUGGCUGUGACAUCAAUUCCAUCUGUGAGUGACUCUUUGACGUGGAGAGAAUUUCACUAUAUUCAGAGCAAGCUGGGAAUUGUUUCCCUUCUACUGGGCACAAUACAUGCAUUGAUUUUUGCCUGGAAUAAAUGGGUAGAUAUAAAACAAUUUGUAUGGUAUACACCUCCAACUUUUAUGAUAGCUGUUUUCCUUCCAAUUGUUGUCCUGAUAUGUAAAGCCAUACUAUUCCUGCCAUGCUUGAGAAAGAAGAUACUGAAGAUUAGACAUGGUUGGGAAGAUGUCACAAAUAUUAAUAAAAUUGAGAUGUCUUCCCAGUUGUAGGAUCACUGUUUACAACAUUUUUGUUCAAAUUUUAUAUAUUUGAUCAUAAACAUUUCAAAUUUGUAUUUGUUUAAUAAAAUGACCACAGACGGUCUUAAUGUAUCUCUUACUUUCUGAGUGAUGAGUUUGAAAUAUGUGUACUUCCUU